GAUGUAUUGUUUUAUAACACGGAAAUAUCUUGGAUGAUGUUGUUUCUAACAUGGGUUAGCUACCUAGUGGCAAACAGUCAGCCUCUCUUGAGCUAGAUAGUGAACUUGAUCGUUUAUUACAGCAAUGACUUGAUCAUAUUAAGUGGCAUGGAGACAGUAUCAAACAACGUGCUUUUGACUUAUCCUCUCAGGACAAGACUUAAGAAAUUCUGAACGACAGGAAGAUAAAGAGCAUAUGCCAUCAUGUUGAUGACAGCGUACCUGGCCAUAGUACUGUUGCUGGCACUUUGUGUCUGCUUGGAGCUCACCGCACGCCGCGUUACCCCUCCCCAACCUGCCCCCACGGCUGUCGCCAACCCAGUUUUCCGACGCUUCCAGGCCCUCUUCCUACGAGGCUAUCUACUAGCUAUAUGGGCUGACUGGCUCCAAGGCCCUUACCUGUAUAAACUUUACCGUCAUUACAGCUUCCUGGAGUCCCAGAUAGCCAUCUUGUAUGUGUGUGGUCUGGCAUCAUGUGUGCUGUUUGCUCCUGUUGCUGGCUGGCUGCCACAGGCCCUUGGUCGAAGGCAGACCUGCCUGCUCUUCUGUGUAGCAUACUCUGCCUGCUGCCUCACCAAACUCUCAAGGGACUACUUUGUUUUGAUAAUUGGCCGUGUCCUGGGAGGCUUGUCCACAUCCUUGCUCUCCACCACCUUCGAGGCCUGGUACGUGCACAGGCAUGUGGAAGCCCAUGACUUCCCCAAGGAUUUGAUACCCAGCACUUUCGCUAAGGCGGCUAGCUGGAACCAUGGGUUGGCUGUCGCCGCUGGUCUGGUGGCUAAUCUGCUAGCCGAGUGGCUUCAUCUGGGGCCGGUGGCCCCCUUCCUCCUGGCUGUCCCCUUUCUGGCUGCGUGUGGCUGGGUGGUACUAACCGAUUGGGGCCGAGAGGAGCGAGAGGGGGAGCUGGAAGGGGAGAAACAUACCUGUCUGCUGAGUCCUCCUAAUGCCUCUCAGGCUCGCCUGUCUGCCAGAGACCGCUUCUGGAGAAGCUGCCAGGAGGGGCUCCGCUGUCUGUUGUCCGACAGGAGAGUGAUGGUCCUGGGGGCAGUCCAGGCUCUGUUUGAGAGUGUCCUCUACAUCUUCGUGUUCCUGUGGACUCCCGUGCUCGACCCCCACGGCCCCCCACUGGGCAUAGUCUUCUCUUGCCUCAUGGCUGCCAGCAUGGCAGGCUCCCUGCUGUAUCGCCUGGCUACCUCCACCCGCUAUCGGCUCCAGCCCGGACACCUACUCUGCCUGGCCGUACUGCUGGCCUUUUUCUCCUUCUUCAUGCUGAUCUUCUCCACCGCCCCAGGGCAGCCCCGGCCCCACGAGUCUCUGCUGGCCUUCCUGCUUCUGGAACUGGCCUCUGGCCUCUACUUCCCUUCAGUCAGCUUCCUCCAGGGCAGGGUGAUCCCUGAGGAAAAGCGGGCUGGGGUAUUGGCCUGGUUCAGGCUGCCCCUCCACCUGCUGGCCUGCCUGGGGCUACUGGCCCUCCACGGGGAGGUGUCGGGGACCGGGGGUGGGGAGGAGGGCAGUGGGACCAGGCACAUGUUCGGGGGUUGCGCUGCCAUGAUGCUAGGGGCUCUGCUGGCAGUGGUCAGUCUCUUUACCCUGGGCAGAAACGACACCGAGCUGAGGCUGGAGGGAGCUAGAGGAGAGGGAGAGAUAUGAAGAAGUAGAGCAGGAGGAAUACCGUUACUGACUUGACUGGGAUUUAUUUUCUGCAUGACUGGAAAAAAUGACACAACAAUCAUUAAAUGUUCCACAAAUUUCGAUGGGGGGGAUGUAUUUAAAGGGUGUCUUGGUAUGUCACUCACUAACCCUUUCUGCUCUUCAUGAUGACCUGCGUCAUCGCAGAUUAUUUCUGCGCACUUCCCAAGCAGUACUUGGCUACUCCACUAGAUGGUGACAGUGAUAUGCAGGGGGUUUCAUGUUUAUCAACUGCGUGGUCUGGUAUGUAACUAGAGCACGGGAUGAAGCUAUGCUCCUGGGCAAAACAAAAGUUAUUACAUAAAUACAAUUGCUUAUAUGGUUACUUCUAGUAAGAUGGAAAAGUGGAACACAUGGGCUCUAGGUAUUAUCAGUUUGGAAACAGAAGGGGUUAUUGAUGGUUUGUGGGCCAAAAUGAAUCUCAGUCUAUGUUCUAUUAACAAAAAUAAUCAUUCCAUUGUUAUGGGGCUUUUACAUUGUACAUCAGUAAUAAAUCAUUUUUUAUUACAAACAA